ACUUUAAAUAUGCACAUGCAGAUAGUGUGCGCAGCACACUGUUUUGUAAGUCUUUUUCGCUACAAGUAAAAUUUUCACUUUUCAAUUCGGUUUUAAAAAUCUGGUCAUUCCAAUAUUUUUAUUUGCGAGAGAUCAAUCAAAAUGGAAACAACACGGUUCAGUGAAAAGAACUCGUUUCCGCAGUCAGGAGCUUUCUAUGCUGAAGACAAAGAUAUUUUCGGGGUUUUAAUGAAAGCUUUGCAGGAGCUUGUAAUUACUCGACCGGAAAAUCCAGUGCAGGGAUUGAUAAGAUACUUUAUGCGAAAUAUUCGACAAGUGAAAAUCGCCAUCAUCGGCCCACCGUUGAGUGGUCGACAUACGCUGGCUACGCAAUUAGCCGAAGUCUUCGACGUUCCGUUGUUGGACUACGAUCGCCUCUACGAAACAGUGGAUCCACAACUGCAGAUGGCUGUCACACCGUUUCACGAGAAGUGCGAACCCUUACCACCGGAAAUGGCUUAUUCUUUAAUUCGACAGAAAAUAUUCAGCGAUGAUUGUAUUGCGAAAGGAUGGAUUUUGUGCGGCUUUCCGGAAACAAGGGCGCAGGACGAUUUAUUUCGCCGGCAAGGAAUCUCUCCUCUGAAAACCAUUAUAUUGCAAACUGAUCCCGCUGUACUUUUGGAGCGAAGGAGGCAUUAUCUGUUUGAUCCGGUUGAUAAACGCCCAUAUCACAGUCAGCUGUACAUGCCGGUGCUGAAAAGCAUUGCAAAGCGUUUGAUUGUACCGCAGAAAUAUACGAAAGGUCAACUUGCAGCACGUAUGCAAGAGUUUGCAUAUGAGUCCAUUCUGAUUUCCAAAAGCUGUUCGACAUUGGCCUACGGCGAUCCGAGUUGUAUCGUGAUCAACGCCGAUCAGUCUAUCGGUGCAGUAUUUAAUGAAGCCCUGCAAUUUUCCUCUCUUCAGUCUAUUCAGCGUCGUCCGUACAUGCAUCGACUGCUUUUUAUUGGGCGUCCUGGAUCUGGGAAAAAAUCCGUAGCUAACUGGCUGGCGCGAACAUUUCGGCUUUACCACGUUUCGUCUGGUUCUUUGGUGAUGCGAGCGGCUGUCGAUUCGGAACAUGACAAUUACAAAGAAAUUAAUGCACUGCUCAACCGGGAGCGGCAAAUUCCCGAUGAUAUGGUUGGAGAAAUGGUCUGCCGCGCUCUGGCCGAGACAGACCUGGUAGGAUUUAUCUUGCGUGGGUUUCCACAGAACCGUGUCCAAGCCGAACUUCUGGAUCGCUGCGGAUUCCGCCCUUCGCGAGUGCUUUUCUUUGACUGUCCGUCGGAAAUUGCUCAACAGCGUUUGCUGCGUCGUGCGAACGACCUUUUCGACAAAGCAACACAACUAACGGACCUAUACGACACACAGCGCACAAGCGUUCUCUUACCAUCAUCUGACCGGAAAUGGGGAGUUAAAGAUGUCGAAGCACAAGCCGGCAUCAUUAGAUCUCAAGAUAAGCUGUAUGAGAAUUACGAAAAUGAUUUGCGGACAUAUUAUCAGGAUAUUUCAUUAGCAAUUGAUGCAACACUUAGUCUCAAGGAAAUGUUCGAAAAGGUGAGAUGUGCGCUAGUGCAUCCCAUGCCGUUAAAAACAAAGAAAGCGCUUACUCCUGUUCGAACAGCACCAUUCCAAAGUAAUUGAGUACAUGUAAGUCUUCAAAAUGUUGAUAAUAACUGAUAAUAAAUGACUGACGUGGU